AUGUCUGCUAUUACAACCAAAUUCAUCACAGACCACAAACUUACCAAUGAGAUGAGUCUCAAAGAGCUUAGCCAAUAUGUGCCAGAAAUACUUAAGCUCUUAACAACUGGCACACUACUAGUAGAUAAAGAAAAAAGGCGCCAGGCCUGUAAUCACCUUCAAAAAGAGUAUGAAUUUAGCAAAGAACAAGUAUUUGCAUUAAUUUCUCAUGAGAGAAUUGGGUGGAAUAAAAGCCAAGUAACUUUCAAAGAAGGAGUGGAUGUGAAUAUAUGCUUAGCAUCUGAUAUCACUCUAGAAGAGGUGACUAUCAAACAAAUGGCUCAGUGUAUUAUGAAAGAUAAACUUAGUGAAAAAAAUGUAAAAACAAUAUCUAGAAUCUUAGUUGAAACAUCUUCUAAUGCCAUUGUAACUAGGUUAUCUAAUAAAGUUCAAAAAGAGCAUAGUGAGCAAUACAAAAAUGAAGAAAUAGAUUUUCCAGACCACUUCUUGUUAGAAUCGGUCAAGAAAAAAUUGGAUGAAUAUGAUGUAUCUAAUAUAUCUAACAAACAGGCCCUAGCUAAU